AUGGAAGAUAUCAAGUCGAAGCAGCCCUGGAUCGAAACGCCUUUGGUGUGGUCCAGACGACUGUCCAAAUUGGCUGGCUGUAACAUCUAUCUGAAACUCGAAAACACCCAACCCUCCGGCUCCUUCAAAAGCCGCGGCAUGAGCAACUUCGUCCGUGCACAUCUUCCAGAAAAUACCAACACUACAACCCAUUUCUUCUGCUCCUCUGGUGGCAAUGCGGGACUUGGCUGCGUAUCCGCCGCAGUCACAUACAACUGUCCCGCGACGAUUGUGGUUCCGCUGUCGACUUCGGCGUACAUGAUCGAUAAGAUUAAAGACGCAGGCGCCACGGAAGUGAUCCAGAAGGGAGCAUCGUGGUAUGAGGCCGAUCAGCACCUGCGCAAUGAGUUGUUGCCUGCAGCGAGGGAGAGGGGUGAGAAAGCGGUGUAUGUCCCUCCGUUCGAUGAUCCGGUGGUUUGGGAGGGGCAUUCGAGUUUAGUCGACGAGGUCGUGAGGCAGCUACCUGAGGUGGACAAGCAUUAUCCGUCAAACACAGACAAGGCAACCAACCCCAGUAUCACGGCACCUGGGAUCCCUGAUGCCAUCAUCUGCAGCGUCGGCGGCGGAGGCCUGCUCAACGGGAUCAUGCAAGGUCUCGAACGACACUCCGCGUGGCGAAGUCCAAAUAAUACUAAAGUUCUCGCCGUGGAGACUGUGGGAGCAAAUGCCCUCUCGGAGUCAGUAAACCAGGGUGAGCUGAUCACCCUCCCUGAAAUCACCAGCAUAGCCACCACGCUCGGCGCUCGCAGAGUCAGCGCGCAGACAUUCACAUACGCCAUGAACAAGGAGCGAGUACGGUGUGCCGUCCUCUCGGAUAAAGAAGCCAUCCAGGCGUGCAAGAACUUCGCGAAUGAUGAGAGGAUUCUGGUCGAGCCUGCUUGUGCGGUUUCGCUCGCGGUGGUGUACUCGGGGAAGCUGAAGGAAUAUCUCCCUGAUUUGAAGCCUGAGAGUCGGGUAGUGGUAGUGGUUUGUGGGGGCAGUGGGUUGUCGGUGGAGAUUUUGAAUGGAUAUAUCAAGAAAUACCUAGAUUAA